AUGCUCAAUCGUCUACCAUGCACGUAUCCUGGCUGUCCACGCACUUUUCAGGGACAACGGGGGCGCACGAAACACAUUCGCACUGUGCAUGGGACCAUAUUGUCAGCCAACGCCGCAUCAGAUCAGGGAUCGCCACCUGAAGAAGCGUCAGAUCAGGGAUCACCACCUGAAGAAGCAUCAGAUCAGGGAUCACCACCUGAAGAAUUGUUUGCCGAUGACGGUUUUGAAGCAGGUUUCGCCGAUUUUGAACCGAUCAAUCCAGAGCAUCAGCCUCGCCAGCCCAAUAUCAUCACUCACCCCCAUUUACGAGGUGACCCUUGUGAUGCCAAUGGCAAUUAUCUACCCGCAUCGGGAGAGUUUGCCAUAGUCGGUGGUGAGUCCCAGUAG